AUGUAUGACUCAUAUCAGCAGCAUACAGCACCCCCGAGUGCUUCUUCAAGGGGUGGCGGCAGUACAGGAACGGCUACUACUACAGCACCAACUGCAACAACGACUAGUAGUGGAGCUGGCGGUGGCGGUGGAAGUAGCAGUGCUGCGGGAUCUUCGUCCACAGUACAGCAACAACAGCAACAGUUUGCACAAGAAUUUUGGGAGGAACAGAUUAUUGCCGCGGAACAAUUUGAUUCCGACUUUAAGAACCAUCCUUUACCAUUAGCACGUAUCAAGAAAGUCAUGAAGUCUGAUCCUGAUGUGAAGAUGAUCUCCGCAGAGGCGCCUAUUUUGUUUUCCAAAGCCUGUGAGAUCUUCAUCUGUGAAAUCACAAGGAGGGCGUGGCUGCAUGCGGAGGAGAACAAGCGGAGAACAUUGCAACGAAGCGAUGUCGCCAGCGCAGUCUCACGUUCGGAUCAAUUCGACUUUUUAAUCGAUAUUGUUCCUCGAGAAGAGCCGCCCAAGAUGAACAAGCGAUCAACUAAUCGUGAAGAUCCUGCACCAGAGCCCGAGGUCUAUGACGAACACCAACAACAAUAUGCUCAAUAUUACCCUCAAGGUCCUGGAGGACUCACUGGAUAUCCUCAUGUAAGAAUACAAUAA